CGCGGGCGCGGUGCGGCGGUGCGCGAAGCGGGACAUGGGCAGUGUCUUGAGGAAGGGCAAAGCCGUGCAGCAGGCUCCCGGCACGGCGCGGCGGGGACCGGCAGAGGGAGCACAGAAGCUGCAAGAAGGGCAGUGGCAUGUAACGGCAGAAGGUUCACAGCCAUUUGGUUUUGUACAGGAGGAGCAAAUAGAAGAGGAUGAGAAAACUUUAAAGGCAUAUAAGGAAGGCAGUCUUCAAAAACAGCAAGAAAUGAACGGGCAUACGGUGGUGCCGCAUUCCUACGACUAUGAUCUCAUUGUCAUUGGUGGAGGCUCUGGUGGUCUGGCAGCUGCCAAGGAGGCUGCCAAAUACGAAAAGAAAGUGAUGGUGCUGGACUUUGUCACGCCUACACCUCUGGGAAACUCAUGGGGUCUUGGAGGAACAUGUGUGAAUGUGGGCUGUAUACCUAAAAAAUUGAUGCACCAGGCAGCUUUACUGGGACAGGCCUUGCAAGAUUCGCGUAAAUUUGGAUGGCAGUUCCCAGAAGAAGUCAAACACAACUGGAUGACUAUGACAGAAUCUGUGCAGAAUUACGUUGGUUCACUGAACUGGGGCUAUCGGGUUGCUCUGAGAGAGAAAAAAGUCACAUAUGAGAAUGCAUAUGGAGAAUUUGUCGGGCCACACACAGUUAAGGCAACAAAUAAAAGAGGAGUUGAGAAGCUGUACACAGCUGAGAGAUUUCUCAUUGCCACUGGUGAACGACCACGAUACCUGGGUAUACCUGGAGACAAGGAAUACUGCAUUAGCAGUGAUGAUCUUUUCUCUCUGCCUUACUGUCCAGGGAAAACCCUGGUGGUUGGAGCUUCCUAUGUUGCCUUGGAAUGUGCAGGAUUCCUUGCUGGUGUUGGAUUAGAUGUCACUGUAAUGGUGAGAUCCAUUCUCUUAAGAGGAUUUGACCAGGAUAUGGCAAACAAAAUUGGCGAAUAUAUGGAAGAACAUGGAAUCAACUUUAUUAGGGAGUUUGUGCCGAUCAAGGUUGAGCAGAUUAAGGAAGGAACUCCUGGAAUAUUGAAAGUUACAUCCAAGUCCACAAAGGGGAAUGAAAUAAUUGAAGGGGAAUACAAUACUGUGCUGCUAGCAAUUGGAAGAGAUGCAUGCACAAGGAAAAUUGGUUUGGACAAAGUUGGAGUGAUUAUCAAUGAAAAAACAGGAAAAAUUCCUGUCAACGAUAAGGAGCAAACAAAUGUGCCAUAUAUCUAUGCAAUUGGAGAUAUACUGCAGGACAAGCUGGAGCUCACACCAGUGGCAAUCCAGGCAGGGAGAUUGUUAGUUCGAAGGCUUUAUGCUGGAGCAACCACUAAGUGUGACUAUGUGAAUGUUCCAACUACUGUAUUCACUCCUUUGGAGUAUGGAGCAUGUGGGUAUACUGAAGAGGCUGCGGUGGAGAAGUUUGGGGAGGAAAACAUUGAGGUGUACCAUAGUCACUUCUGGCCACUGGAAUGGACUGUGCCAUCCAGAGACAACAACAAAUGCUACGCAAAGAUAAUUUGCAAUAUUCAAGACAGUGAGCGAGUCAUUGGUUUCCAUGUCCUUGGUCCAAAUGCUGGAGAAGUCACCCAAGGGUUUGCAGCUGCUAUGAAAUGUGGGAUCACAAAAGAACAGUUGGACAACACCAUAGGAAUUCAUCCCGUGUGUGCAGAGAUAUUCACCACCCUGACCGUGACUAAACGUUCUGGUGAAAAUACCCUUUUGUCUGGAUGCUGAGGUUAAAGACCUCCCAUUCUUGUUAUUGCCAGAGGCUGGCUUUCAUCGUAGUGUCUGACUUGACUUGUGAAAUUCAGAAGAAAGAUUUUGGAAGAAGUUGUCCUUAGACAUUCCUGCAGAAAUGUGUGGAUCUUGAGCAGAGCGUCAUCCAAAGGAGAAGAGCACUGUGGGAGCUGGGCACUUACGGUGAUCGCCUGGCAAUUAGCAAUGCAAUGGGAAUAUUGACUGCCAAGCUGAUGCUUAGCAGAGCAUUUAAAUGCUUUCAUGAAGUCACAGCCUGAAGCCUGCAUUGUCUGGUGGGCAGUGAUGGAACAACUGCUAGCACAGCUGGACCCCAACUGUUUUGGUUUGGUUUUAUUCCUCUCUAGUUUCUUACUUGAACAAAGAACUUCUGGACUCAAGAAAAUGACCGCAACUUCAGAUAGUUGUAUAGUGCCUUUGUGUACUUAGGUUAUAACACAGCAGUUGCAAGGUCUCCUUGUGAGCAUGUGUUUUAUCAGCUUACAUGCUUGUGGAGGGGAAGUUGCAUCUACAUAUUUGAUCCUAUGGAAGAAAAUAUCCUUGGAAGAGAGUUUAGUGCCUUUUAGAAUAACAUAUUUCUUGGCUUCGAACUGACUCAGUUGUGACUUUUUAUUUUAGAACUAUUUAUUUGUGAAAAUGUUCUUAGUGAGGAAGGAAAAUACUUUUUACUAAGGCUGUAUUAUAUAGAAAGUUGUGUUUUUUCCUUCUGGAAGUAGCAGCCAUGCCUAUAACACAGACGUGAUCUCCUUAGCUUUAUCUUGCAGCUUAUGUGAUUAUAAUUAAUCCAGUUUGGAACUGACACAAUUCCAGUGUGGAAUGAAUUGUGCUUCCAAGAGCUCUGUACACCUUUACUAAAUCUGAAUAAGCCCUUCCUUUCUGGGUGAGCUAUCAUAUGUUGCACCAUUCCAGCUCUAAAUUGGCCACUUUGCGCACAGCAGUAUUGAAACUUCCCCUCAGAUUAGUGGGCCAGUAGAAUUAAAACAAUGAACCAAAGAACACUCCCCAAAGCAAACAAACAAGCAAACCUCCCACCCCAGCUCCAAAAACCUGUAAUGAAAAUUCUAUGUAGAUACAGGCUAAAAUCUGUGUUUAGUUCCAUUUGUGUUUUGAUUUAUAUUUAAAAAAAGACUUUCAAAACAGGUUUCCAUGGGAAAUAACAGAUUCCUGAAUGUUCCUCCUGUGUUGGAUAAACUUGCGUACAUAUUUAUUAAGAAAUGGUAAAAAUGCUUCUCUGUAAUGGAAAUGAAUGGGCUUAUUGAUCUGGUCUUUCAUUUCCCUCUGUUUUAGCAGAAAGGUUUAGGUUACUUUUGUUAAAUGGUUCUCAGGAGUUUACUAGUGCGGGCGGUGUGAAUAGAGGGUGAGCUCUCUGGCCCUCUGGGCAGAAUGCUUUAUGCCGAAAUUUUUACCUGGUUAAUGAAUUCCUGUAUUUCUACUGAGAUUUUGAGAAUAGUCUUGUAAGUUAUUUUUAUAAACUCAUGCAUAACUGAAGGAUUGUUAAACGUGUUUUGUAUGUUAUCAAGAAUGGUCUGUGGUAGCAAUUUUCUGGCCAGUUUCUUAAAUAAAUUGAAUAUUUGCACAAA